AUGGCACCAACCCCGGACACACCUGUCAGCCCAACAUCAUCAACCUUUAUAAGAAGAAGUUGUUAUUAUGAAUACGACCCAUCAAUCAUCGGAAUUGAGACAUCACGCACCUCCAUGUCCUCAACAGACACAAGAAAGUCAAAAACAGGAAAACCUCGAUGGUUCACCCAAGUCAAGGACUGGUUAUCGGUGAGCGAACCAUCAGCGCAGGCUAUGAAAGAGCAGAAGAAGAAUACUUUCAGACGGCACGGCAUCGAUAUGAAGGACCCUAAGGCAGCAGUAAAGCUGCACCUACCAAUCGAGAGAAUACCUGAAGACGCCAUCACUUCAACCCGAGGCCCGAGUCCUGAAAAGGCACAUGAGCGUGCCCGACAACAGAGAGCAGCCGCGCAGUCUUAUUCAGGAGGCAGCCAAGCGUCUCAUUCGGUAUCCAGUGGUAUCAGUACGGCACCCAGUGGCAAAGAUUUCAACCUAGUUGCGCCUUGGGACACUUGA